CACCCAAAGUUUGUAAAUGUUUAAAGAUGAUUUUCUUUUUACCGAGGUGUCCCUAAAUGCAACAUGCGUGCCGUCGGCACUUUUCUGUCAAAGAUGGCGGCGACCUUGUGUUUAAAACUGCUUCCGAAACAAGGAUGGCUUCCCAUCACACAGAGUGUCCGCCACGGCUCCAAGGCUGUGACCCGCCACAGGAAGCCUCUACACAUCCAAAAACAGAAGCUGCUGGCUGUUACUCAGUACAUUCCCCCUGCGCGGGAUGCUCCUCCAGGCGCCUACCCGUCCCAAACCAACCGUGGCGAGGAGGAUAGCGGUUUGACUUUACUCAUGAAGAGGGAUUUGAAGAAGUUGUUUGAGGACUGUAAAAUGAUUGCUGUGCUCCAGAACAGCAGCAGCAGUGCUGAAGACAUGAUAACUCUCAGGCACAGGCUUUACAAACACAACAUCACUGUCAAGUUCUUCCCUAACCAGGUGAUGCGGUCAUUCCUGAGUGACUCCAUUUACUGCAACAUGGCUCCUCUGUUCAUUGGCCCAACAAUUCUGUUUUUUAGUAAAGAGCCGAAGGUAAAGGAGAUGCUGAGGACUCUGAGGGGCAGCCCGCAGAUCACACUCCUAGGAGCCUGCAUAGACAACACGCUGCUGAGUGCACAGGGCAUCGUGAGCUACUCCAAACUCCCGUCGAUGACUGUCGUUCAGGGCGAGGUGAUCAGCGGGCUCACCGUGCUGACCUCCCACACGUCCUCCCUGCUGCAGCACCACCCGGCCCACCUGUCACAGCUGCUCCAGCAGCACAUCAAACAGCUGAGCUCGGGCGGCAGCGCGGAGGCGGCUCCUGAAGCAGAAGAGGCCACAUAGCUCUGCAGAGGACGUUUCUGGGACUGGUGUGUUUUAAAUCUGCAGCAAAGGAAACAAACUGGAUUCUUUGUUUGAAUUUGGCAUCAGUCAAACUUUUAAGAGCCCAGAAAAAAAAAAAAAAGUGAAGCAGUUAAACUGGUGCUGAAUGACACAGUGAGCAUCCACCUUUAGGAGCAGAUGUGACUGGUUUCAGCACACCUCCUCAGCCUGGAGGUGUCUGGAGUUACUGGAUAAAUAAUGCUAAAAACUGGCUUUAUUUAAGUGUUUAAUAAAUGUUGUCAGCUCUUACUUUGGCUCAUAUGGCUCCAAUCUUUGAUUAGAAGUGAAACACCUCUAAGAUGGGCAAAGACCAGCCUCUGGUAACCUUUUCAGUGUCAAACUGAACCAAUCACGUAUUCUCAUUGGUGGGGGGAAUAAUGCUUCUGUGUUCUCACCACAUUUUAGGAGAUUAUGUUUAGUACAGUGCCAGAUUUGAGUGUUUCUGUGACAUAAAGUGCAUUAAAAAAAACCCCAAACAAACAAAAAAACAGCUCCAGCCAAAAUAAACACAAGUGGUCACAGAUCUGAUGAGUUAAUCUGCAGAUUACAGCAAACCUGCUAAUCUGGGGCAGUUAGUCUAUUAUGGCUUGUAUUUGCUCGCUCAGGCACUCACUUGAACACCGCGCACCUCUGCACAAGAGCGUGAAAGCUGCAGUGCAACA